AUGAUAAAAAAUUACUUAGGACGAAGAUGGCUCAAUAAUUCUGCAAUCCAAGUAUACAUCAAGCAAAAUGCUGCUGUCGCCCAUUCAACGGUAUUUCAAGGAAAUCUUUAUGAAUAUACAGUGAUGAGGGAGUUAUCUGAAAAACUACAAAUGACUAGACUAAGGAAAAUUGGUGGCGCCCAUGAUGGAGGUGUAGAUGUAAAGGGAUAUUGGCCGGUGGAUGAUAUAUAUUGGAAAACUUCAUCGCUAAUUCCUAGUUUGGAGAUGACUGAUAACAUGAAGAGAACUAAUUCCCAAAAUGGUUUCGUAUUGAAGCCAUUGAAGUAUAGAAUAAUUGAUCACACUUUUGAACCAUUGAAAGUACUAGCUCAGUGUAAGGCUUUCACAAAAUCAAAACUAUCUCCCAGAGAAUUUCGUGAGUUAGUAGGUACAUUUACCUCAUUAGUGUCACACAAUCAACGCAACAAAACUGUUUGUAUUAUGUGUUCCCCCCACUUGCUGACAAAGGAUUCGCUAAAACUUAUCAACAACAUUUCACUUCCUAUGAUAUAUCUACGUGUCGAGAUGUUGAAGGAGAAAGCUGACGGAGACUUUGACUUAAUGAAUUCAGGAAGACUGGUUAAUUAUUAUGAGAAUUCAUACGCCUCCACACUACUACAAGACUGCAAAAUUUCAGAAUGGCUUAAGUUGGGGAUGUACCAGAAUAGUGAAAUUGGUUUGCGAAAAUAA